AUGACCGCCCUCGACCAGCUCAAGACCUUCACCACCGUCGUCUCCGACACCGGCGACUUUGAGUCCAUUGCUCAGUACAAGCCCACUGAUGCCACUACCAACCCCUCGUUGAUCUUGGCCGCUUCCCAGAAGCCCAACUAUGCGCACUUGAUCGACGAUGCCAUCGCCUACGCCAAGAAGAUCGGAGGUCCCGUCGAGACCCAGACCGAGUCUGCCUUGGACAAGCUCCUCGUCAACUUUGGUGUCGAGAUCUUGAAGAUCGUCCCCGGCCGUGUCUCGACCGAGGUCGAUGCCCGUCUCUCCUUCGACAAGGAGGCCACCAUCGCCAAGGCCAAGAAGAUCAUCGGUCUCUACAAGGAUGCCGGCGUCGCCAAGGAGCGCAUCCUCAUCAAGAUCGCCUCCACCUGGGAGGGUAUCCAGGCUGCCAAGCACCUCGAGGCCGUCGAGGGCAUCCACUGCAACCUCACCCUUCUCUUCUCCUUCGGCCAGGCUGUUGCUUGCGCUGAGUCCAAGGUUACUUUGAUCUCGCCCUUCGUCGGUCGUAUCCUCGACUGGUACAAGGCCGCCAACAAGAAGGAGUACGUUGGCGCUGAGGACCCCGGUGUUAUCUCUGUCUCCAAGAUCUACAACUACUACAAGCAGCACGGCUACAAGACCAUCGUCAUGGGCGCCUCCUUCCGCUCCGUUGGUGAGAUUGAGGAGUUGGCCGGAUGCGACUUCUUGACCAUCUCGCCCAACCUCUUGGACGAGCUCCACAAGUCGAACAAGACCCUCGAGCGCAAGUUGAGCCCCGAGCUCGCUACCUCGACUGCCCAGCAGUACCCCAAGGUCACCUUCGACGAGCCUGCCUUCCGCUGGGAGUUGAACGAGGAUCCCAUGGCCACUGAGAAGUUGUCCGAGGGUAUCCGCAAGUUUGCUGCUGAUGCCGCCAAGCUUGAGCAGCAGCUCGCUGCCAAGUUGGCUUAA